GCCAUCCUCAUCCACCUUCCUCCCAUCAUCCACCUCGUCCUCGUCGUCGUCCUCGUCGUCGUCCUCGUCGUCGUCCUCAUCGUCACCCUCACACUCGCCUCCCUCCUCCCCUUGGUGGCAACCUACAAUUCUCUUGACUCUUGCGUCUUCAUCUUCUUCCCCUCCCCCCUCUCACCUCCCUCCCUCCCUCCCUCCCUCCCUCUCCUUCCGCCCUCUACCCACCUCCUCCCCGUCACUCCAUCAUGGGCAACACUCCUUCACAACAUCACCCUCACGGCUCUCAUUCUUCACCAGGAGCAAAGGGAGCUCAGCCGUCAACCUCCCCUCCCACUGACCUCGGUCGUGCUUCAUCACAGCGCAGGCACCCGAACCUCCGCUUGCCCAUGCCACAGCGUGGACUGUCACAACAACAGGGUCAACAAGGUACUCAACCCACAACGCACGGCGUCUCUACUCCACUCUCCGAAAACCCCACCUCUCCCUCUGCCGCAAAACCCGGCUCUUCCAGCCCACGUAGGCGCAAGAGUCUUGAGCUUCCAGACCUCAACAAGCUCAGCUUCACUCCUGCCUCACCACAACCAACCACCGCCACUCAGACCGCAAACGCCAGCGCAUCACCAGCAGCUGCCACCUCUGCUCUUCCUUCAAGCAACGCACCCGGUGGCUCGACCUCGGCAAUCGGCGCUGCCGCAUCGUCUCAUCAGCGUACCAACAGUGCAGCCGGCCGUGCCGUCGGGAGCGGCAGUCCCAUGUCGCCCUCCAAGGCGGCUUCCACCGGCUCCGUCAUCCCAGGCGUGACGGUCGUUCCAGUCAACGACUCGAGCACGCACGUCCCAUCCCGCCCCAUCCCUAUCCGCUCGCCCCGCGCUGUUGCGGCAGAGCUCCCACUCGACCGCGCGCACCGACCACGACCACAGGUAAAGCCAGUAGACUCGCCGCUGCGCACAGGCCUCACCCCUCCUCCUCCUACUGCCUCUGCCACACCGGCUCCUCCCGCGGCCGGGACUGGGGCAGACGACGGAACAGCAAAGAACGAUGGGCUCGUCGAUGUGCCGAUUCAGUGGAACGGUGGCGGCAAGGCGGUAUACGUUACCGGCAACUUUGCCGACAACUGGCGGGGGCGCGUCAAGUUGAAGAAGAGCACGCACGACUUUAACACCGUCCUUCGCCUUGCACCAGGCCAAUACCGCCUCAAGUUUAUCGUUGACGACUCGUGGCGAUGCUCCAAGGCCAUCCCAACUGCCACCGACGACGACGGCACACUUGUCAACUGGAUUGAGGUUGAUGCUCCCAAGACGGAGGAAGAAUUGGCCGCCGAGUGGGCCAUGGACGCAAAGCCUGCCACAAAGGCCGAAGACGUGGAUCCGCAGCAGUGGACGAGCGAGCUCCCAACCGCCCUCGUACUAUACCAGUACCUCGAGGAGCUACCGCAGAUGUACUCGAACGAUGUGCUGCGCCAGUUUGUCAGCACUGCGCCAUACUUUGCGCCCGUGCCCAAGCCCCCUCAACUUCCGCGUAUUCUGGAGAAGGUUAUCUUGAACUCGGACCCACGGCGCCCACCCGAGCCCAACCCGCCUACAGCCAGCGGCACACAGGCCGAAGCCGUUGAUGACAAUGCCAUCCUCCCCACCCCUUCGCAUGUCGUGCUCAACCACCUCAUGGCGUCUGCCCAGAAGAACGGAACGCUCGGCGUUGCCACGACAUCGCGCUACCACAAGAAGUAUGUGUCGACCUUGCUCUUCAAGUCGAGCUCGCCGCCGUCAGACGACAAGCAGCCCGUUCCAUCGCCCCAGGAGCGCGCCGCUGCCCUUGCAGCGGCUGCCGCGAAUGCACCGUCCUCAUGAUAGAAUCCUUAUCUUGUGAUAGGUUUGUGCCGCGCUGGGCGCGGGUGUAAAUGGUGGGAAGAAGGGGCCUCCCCAGCUCCAAUAGAACACGUUGAUAUUAGACUUUGUAGCGCCUGGACAUGAUCCAUGCUUCAAUGCCAUGUCUGUAGCUUGUG